CACAGAAUCGGCCUUGGGCUCUUCAAGGGAGGGGGGGGGAAUCGGUUUUCCACCUCAGGAGGUUGGAAAGCGAGGAAGAAGUCUCAAAGAGCAGCCAGUUGGGGUCUGAGAUGUCAGGAACUCUGUGAGGACGCCCUCCAGCCGACUCUGCCGCCAAGCCUGGGAAGAGCUCCCCCCCCCCAGCUGAUCCUGGCUCGCCUGCACUCUCUGUCUUGCACACAGACACAUCAGGACGGAGAGAGGGGGGGAGUUCCCCACAAGAGGAAAAGUUGGAGCCAGCGGCUGCCAGAUUUGGCGGUGACGUGGGCUGCCGAGGCUCUUUCUUGCUCGCUGGAGACAGGAUCGCGGGCUCCCGCCUGCCCCUCUUAGAACCAUGGUCAGCUGCUAGCACCUCCAGCAGGUGCCACAGCCCUGCCGUACCUGGGUCCCAGUCACCCCAAGAUCCACUAUGCAGGGAACCACGUUUUCCAUAUUGUGCCUGCUCGGCAUCUUCCUUGGCACGUGUAGAGGAGGAAAACCACUUGCUUCUCAUGAAGGGGAGAAGUGUCCACGGAUGCAGAAGGAGGGUCUACGACUAGACCAGACCAGCGACCAGUAUGUAAAUAUAACUGGAUUUAAUCUAAUAAAAAGGUUUGCUCUCUUGAAGACCUCGGCCAUCAAAAAAAUCCGCAACCCCAAAGGUCCUAUGAUCCUACGACUGGGCAACAUUCCUCUGGUCCGGCCCACUGAACAGCUGUUCCCCAUGGGCCUGCCAGAUGAAUUCACUCUAGUGAUCACCUUGCUCUUGAAGAAACAGACCAGCAAAGAGAACUGGUACCUCUUCCAAGUCACCGAUCGUCAGGGAUACCCCCAGCUCUCCCUGGGGAUCAACAGCAAAGAGCAGAGUCUGGAGUUCCGGGCCAAGGGCCAGGAUGAGGAGUUCAUCAGUGCGGUCUUUGCCGGCAAAGGGGUCUCCUCCCUUUUCGACUUGAAGUGGCACAAGAUGGCCCUCAGCGUCCAAAGCCAGGUGGUCUCGGUCCACAUCGACUGCAGCUACAUCUCGUCUAAGCCCCUGCUGGCCCGGCACCGGCUGGUCGUGCAAGGCAACGCGUUUGUCGGACUGGAUGCUGUGCAGGGCGCUCCUGUGGCCUUUGAUGUCCAACAGCUGCACAUUUACUGUGACCCGGCCAUGGCCAUGCACGAGGGGUGCUGCGAGAUCUCUGAUAACGGGUGCUUUCCUGAAGCCUCCAAAACCCGCCGGGAUGUGGAAGUCAUGCAGAGCAACGACCUGAUUGAGAUCAACCCCCAGACAGAAGGCAAAGUCUACACACGUUGUUUCUGCUUGGAGGAGACUCAAAGCAAACAGGAGGAGCUGAGGACGACUGGGAAGGUUGGUGUGAAAGGUGACCCGGGAGAGAAGUGUCCUCCAUGUCCACAGAAGUCAUCCUAUGCAAAUGCCACGCUGGGUCCUCCUGGUUUAAAGGGUGGGAAAGGCGAACGUGGACCAGCAGGGACCUACGGACCUAAAGGGGAGAAAGGUGACCGUGGUGCUGACUGUGUCCGGAUCUCUCCUGAAGCCCCAUUACAGUGUGCUGUAGGCCCAACGGGGGAGAAGGGAGAGCGAGGAGAGAAGGGCGCUCUAGGAUUGACUGGAACUGUUGGACCGAAGGGGCAGAAAGGUGAGAAGGGAGACUACGGAUUUCAAGGCAAACCAGGGAGCCCAGGGCGUGAUGGCCGGCCUGGGGAGAUUUGUGUCGUGGGACCCAAAGGCCAGAAGGGUGACCCAGGGUUUGUGGGUCCUGAAGGGCUCGCUGGAGAGCCGGGACCCCCGGGGAAACCAGGCCUUCCUGGAAUUGGCCUUCCAGGAAAACCGGGUGAUCCAGGUGGCCCCCCAGGCCCAAGAGGAGAAAAGGGGGGUUCAGGACCACCAGGGCUCGUCGGCUCAACUGGAAAGCCAGGGAAACCAGGAGACCCAGGUCUGAAAGGAGACAAGGGGGACCCGUGUGAAGUUUGCCCCACCAUCUUUGACAUUCAAGGCAGUGGGAAACCAGGGCCCAAAGGGGAACCUGGGCCUCCAGGAAAGCCGGGCAAAUCGGACCAGCCUGGCCCUCUAGGACCCAAAGGCAAUAGGGGGGACCCUGGGAUAAAUGGGAACAAAGGAGAGAAGGGCGACCCAUGUGUGCCGUGCAGCCCUGUCGUCCUCCCAUCCUCACUGAGGCAAAAUGGCUCCCAAGGAGACUCUGAUCUACCAGGGGCUGGGCUGCCCGGAGUGCCGGGCCAGGUUGGCCUUCCAGGGCGACCAGGACACAAAGGAGAAAAGGGAGAUUCGGGAGCUGAAGGACCCACAGGCAAACCUGGAGUCCGAGGAGGUACAGGAGCCAAAGGCGAGAAGGGAGAUUCUUGCAUGCAGUGCUCUCCCUCUGCAGAAGAUGGGAAGACCAUCGCCACGCCAGGGCCUCCUGGAGAGAAGGGAGAACCAGGUCUUCCCGGAGUGGGGCUUCCUGGAAAACCGGGUAAAACUGGAGAAUCUGGGAUGAAAGGGCAGAAGGGCAAUGCAGGAAACCCAGGUGAUCCUGGCACACCUGGCACUGCCGGUUUGCCUGGCCUUGCUGGAGAGCCUGGAGUCAGAGGACCAUCGGGGGCCAAAGGCGAAAAGGGCGAUGCUUGUGACUCCUGCCCCAUCCUCAGCAUAGACCCCUCUGGUGCAGUCGGGAUCCCAGGAAAGCCAGGCUCAAAAGGGGACCGUGGCCUUCCAGGUGUGAGCCAGCCAGGCAAAGCUGGUAAACCAGGACUGCCAGGAAUUCAGGGACCCCCUGGCUUGAAGGGGCUGCAGGGGGAGCCAGGUCCCCCUGGGAAAGGAAUCCAAGGUCCAAAGGGAGAACCUGGGCAGAAAGGCUCACCAGGAAAUCCAGGACCUCCAGGACCUCAAGGGCCACCAGGAAGCAUUGGAGAAAAAGGAGGAAAGGGCUCUUCUGGUCCCAAAGGUGCCAUCGGUCCCCCUGGGCCACCUGGUGUUGGUAUCCCGGGCCUGCAGGGCCCAGAGGGCCAGCGCGGUUUCCCAGGAAUUCCUGGAUCCAGUGGUUUAACGGGUGAAAAGGGAACCAGAGGUGAGAAGGGAGAUCCCGGGGAAUGCUCUUGCCAGCCCAGUCCUCGCGUGGACAACUUCGGCCUGCCGGGAGCCCCAGGACUGUGGAUCGGGACUUCCCUGCAGCCUCAGCCAGGCCCUCAGGGACCGCCAGGUGCCCCGGGACCACCAGGCCCGCCAGGAGCCCCUGGAAUUCAGGGCAUCCCAGGACACAAUGGCUUGCCGGGACUGCCCGGGCCGGCGGGAGAAGUGGCACCACAGGAGGCUGAGGGCAUCGGUGUGCUUAAGAAUAUCUGUGGAGACUGUGCCCCCAUGCAGGCGAUCCAGCAGCCGGGUGGAGUCAAAGGGGAGAAGGGUGACCAGGGCAUGCCUGGAGCCCCUGGCAUCGAUAAUUGCGCCCGGUGCUUUGCCCAGUUCCCCAGAGCAGAGGAGGCUCGGGGCGAUAGCGACAAUGAUCGCGAUUGUGCCGGAGGCCCUGGCCAUCCUGGAAUCCCCGGCAUACCUGGAGAAAGGGGAGAGCAGGGCCCGCCAGGCUUAAGAGGGUCUCCAGGCCCUCCUGGACCAGCUGGUCUCCAGGGUGACCGUGGACCUGCUGGGUUCCCUGGAUCCAAAGGAGAAGCGGGCCCUCCCGGGCAGCCUGGCUAUCCUGGCUCCAUGGGCCCCCCGGGGCUCCCCGGUGCGAAAGGGGAACGGGGAUACGUAGGACCUCCUGGAGAGAAAGGGGAAUCGGGUCCUCCAGGCUUGGACGGUCCUGUCGGUCCCAGUGGGCCACCGGGUCCAAGAGGAGAGCGAGGGCUGUCAGGCAGCGCAGGAGAAAAAGGCGAUCAGGGAUUUCAAGGGCAGCCGGGCUUCCCGGGGCCACCCGGACCUCCAGGCUUCCCAGGAAAAGCGGGACCACCUGGGCCUCCAGGGCCCCAAGCCGAAAAGGGCAGCGAGGGCAUGCGCGGCGCCCCUGGCAUGACAGGCCCACCGGGGCCUCCAGGACCCCCCGGGAUACAAGGCCCAGCUGGCUUGGAGGGGCUGGAUGGGAAAGAUGGGAAGCCAGGCUCACGGGGUGACCCUGGACCCCCAGGACCUCCAGGAAUGAUGGGACCCCAUGGAUUCAAAGGGAAAACAGGUCAUCCCGGUCUCCCUGGGCAAAAGGGCGAUUGUGGCAAUCCGGGACCACCUGGCAAUCCUGGCCGAACGGGGGCUGAGGGAGAGCCAGGGCCUCUGGGACCUCAGGGCAGACCAGGGCCUCCUGGUCACGUUGGUCCUCCUGGAAGCCCUGGGCAGCCAGGCCCAGCUGGACUUGCUGGGAUGGGACUGAAGGGUGAGAGGGGAACUCCUGGAGAAAGAGGCAUGGGUGGGAUUCCAGGCCAGCCAGGCCCACCAGGCCAUCCAGGCCCACCGGGUGAGCCAGGCUCGGAUGGACAAAUGGGGAAAGAGGGCCCAUCUGGAAAACCAGGCCUUGCAGGACCUGCUGGACAGAAGGGUGAACCUGGAGUCAUGGGGGAGAGAGGGAACCCUGGAGAGAAAGGCAGGGCCGGGAUGCCAGGGGGCCCAGGGAAGAGUGGCUCGAUGGGCCCCAUUGGACCCCGUGGCCCUGCUGGGGAGAGAGGACAGCCUGGCUCUCCUGGUCCCUCAGGGAGCCCCGGGAACCCAGGAUUGCCUGGGACAAUGGGAGAUGUAGUCAAUUAUGAUGAAAUCCGCAGGUUCAUCCGACAAGAGCUCAACAAAAUGUUUGACGAACGGAUGGCGUAUUACACCUCUCGAAUGCAAAUGCCCGUGGAAUUGGCCUCUCAGCCAGGAAGGCCAGGACCCCCUGGCAAAGAUGGAGCACCUGGGCGGCCAGGGUCUCCUGGCUCCCCAGGAAUGCCAGGACAGAUUGGGAGAGAGGGACGGCAAGGAGUGCCAGGAAUGAGAGGUGAGCCCGGUGCCAAAGGUGAAAAAGGAGACAAAGGGGUUGGAAUCAUGGGGGAGUCUGGGCCCCCGGGCCCUCCAGGGCUCCAGGGACCACCAGGAUAUGGCAAGAUUGGUCUCCCAGGGCCUAUGGGUCAACAGGGCAUCCCAGGCAUCCCAGGACCUCCAGGAGUUACAGGGCCUCCUGGAAAGGCAGGCCACUGCAACCCUUCAGAUUGUUUCGGCAUGAUGCCUCUGGAGCAGCCGAUGUACCAACCCAAAAACAUGAAGGGGCCUUUAGGCUAAAAUGCCACAUAGACCUCCUCCUCUUCCCACAAAGGACUCCAUUGGGAACAGCCAAAAUCUGGUCCUCGCGACUGGUCGUGAAUUAUUUUUGCAUUGCUGUUAAUAUUUUGACUAUGUAUUUUUUUUGUUAAUCCAGUGGGGUUCACCCUUUCAUGAUGGCAUUUAAAAAAAAAUCCAUGUGUG